CCCGCGCGGAGCCAUGGAGCCCGAACCAGUGGAGGACUGUGUGCAGAGCACACUUGCCGCCCUGUACCCUCCCUUUGAGGCGACAGCCCCCACUCUGUUGGGCCAGGUGUUUCAGGUGGUUGAAAGGACUUAUCGGGAAGAUGCACUGAGAUACACGCUGGACUUCCUGGUACCCGCCAAGCACCUACUUGCCAAAGUUCAGCAGGAAGCCUGUGCCCAGUACAGCGGUUUCCUCUUCUUCCACGAGGGCUGGCCUCUCUGCCUGCACGAGCAGGUGGUAGUGCAGCUAGCCUCGCUCCCCUGGCAGCUACUGCGCCCGGGAGACUUCUACCUGCAAGUGGUGCCCUCAGCAGCCCAAGCACCCCGCCUGGCACUCAAGUGCCUAGCCCCCGGGGGUGGGCGGGUGCAGGAGCUGCCGGUGCCCAGUGAGGCCUGCGGCUACCUGUUCACCCCGGAGUGGCUGCAAGGGAUCAACAAGGAUCGGCCCACAGGUCGCCUCAGCACCUGCCUCCUGUCCGCUCCUGCUGGGAUUCAGCGGCUGCCCUGGGCUGAGCUCAUCUGCCCGAGAUUUGUGCACAAAGAAGGUCUCAUGGUUGGACAUCAGCCAAGCACACUGCCCCGAGAACUGCCCUCUAGCCCCCCUGGGCUCCCUAGCCCUCCACUCCCUGAGGAGGCCCUGGGCGCCCGGAGUCCUGGCGAUGGGCACAAUGCCCCCGUUGAAGAGCCCGAGGGCGAGUAUGUGGAGCUGCUGGAAGUGACACUGCCCAUGCGGGGAAGCCCUCCGGAGGUGGGGGGCCCCUCUGGUCUCUCCAGGACCCGGACAGUCCCCACCCGCAAGGGCCCCGGAGGGAAAGGCCGGCACCGAAGACACCGGGCUUGGAUGCACCAUAGGGGCCAAGGACCUCAGGACCAGGACGGGGCACGCCCACCCGGGGAGGGGAGCAGUGUGGGGACAGCCCCUGGGUCUCCCCUAGAAGCUGAGGCUCUUCCCCAGGCAGCCAUGCUGGAGGGGCCUGAGGCCCCAGCCCGGCCCACAGGGGAAACUUCUGAGUCCUGCCUCCGCAGGCCAGCGGAGGUCGGGCCCAGGGCAGGGCAGGGGGCUGAAGGGCCACCUGGUACCCCUCGGAGAACAGGCAAAGGAAACAGGAGAAAAAAGAGGGCUGGGGGCCGAGGCGCUCUCAGCCGAGGAGGAGAGAGUGGGCCCCUUAGCCCUGGGGACAAGGAAGAGAGUGGCCACCAGGAGGCACCUGUCAAUCUCCCGCUGCCAAGUGACGACCCUGACAUCCCAGAAGGCAGCCUGGGUAAGGAGGAGCAAGGAGACUCGGGGAAACCCAAGUCUGAGCCACAAGAGGAGCUGGGAGUCAUCGAGGAAAAGGACCCGUGGCCUCCAGAGGCCUGUGAGCCUACAGAAAAGGGAGCCCCGGAGACAGAGCAAGAGGGUCCAAGCCUGAUGUGUAUGGCAGGACCCACAGGCCCUGAUGGACUCCUGUCUGAGCCACCGCUGGAGACUGGGAGGGAAGGAAAAGGGGACGGCACCCCAGAAGAGGCCCCUCCAAACUCCAUCUCUGAGGACCCUGACAUACCUUGGGACUUGAUGACAUCUGGAUUCCUUGUCCUCACUGGAGGGGUGGACCAGAGUGGGCGAGCUCUGCUGACCAUUACCCCAUCGUGCUCUCCUGAGGAGCCCCCACCCACCCGAGCCACGCUGAGCACUGCCCUUCAUUACCUCCACUCACUGCUCAGGCCUGACCUACAGAUACUGGGGCUAGCUGUGCUGCUGGACCUUCGGAAGGCACCCCCACUGCCUCCAGAGCUCAUUCCUGCCCUGAAGCAACUUCAGGACUCGGGAGACCCUCUCAUCAUUCAGCGGCUGCUCAUUCUCACUCAUGACGAUGACCCUCCAACUGAUCUCUCCGGAUUCCAGAGUGCCGAGUUGCUGUCAGAGAGUGACCUGAAAAGAGUGGCCAAACCAGAGGAACUUCAAUGGAACUUGGGCGGUCACAGGGACCCCUCUCCCGGCUACUGGGCAGAGAUACAUCAGGAAGUGGCAAGGCUGUGUCUUCUGUGUCAAGGGGUGCUGGCCUCUGUACGACAGGCAAUUGAGGAGCUGGAGGGAGCAGCCCAGCCAGAGGGAGAGAAGGAGAUGGGAAUGCCAGAGCCCCUGCAGAAGGUGCUAGCAGAUCCCCGGCUGACGGCAUUGCAGAGGGAUGGGGGAGCUAUUCUCAUGAGGCUGCGCUCCACCCACAGCAGCAAGCUGGAGGGCACUGGCCCAGCCACACUGUAUCAGGAAGUGGACGAAGCCAUUCACCAGCUCGUGCGCCUCUCCAACCUACAUGUUCAGCAGCAGGAACACAGGCAGCGCCUCCAGCUGCUCCAGCAGGUGCGACAGUGGCUGUCGGGCCCAGGAGAGGAGCAGCUGGCCAGCUUUGCCGUGCCCGGGGACUCCCUGUCUGCACUGCAGGACACAGAGCUUCGAUUCCGGGCUUUCAGUGCUGAGGCUCAGGAGCGCCUGACCCAGGCACGCGAGGCCCUGGCCCUGGAGGAAGAUGCAGCCUCCCAAAAGGGCCUGGAUCUCUUUGAAGAGCGGCUGGAGCAGGUUGAGAGCAGCCUCCAUCGGGCCCUGCGGCUUCAGCGCUUCUUCCAGCAGGCCCACGAGUGGGUGGACGAGGGGUCGGCCCGGCUGGCUGGAGCCGGGCCCGGGCGGGAGGCUGUGCUGGCAGCCCUGGCCCUGCGGCGAGCCCCAGAGCCCAGCGCUGGCACCUUCCAAGAGAUGCGGGCCCUGGCCCUGGACCUGGGCAGCCCAGCCGCGCUACGAGAGUGGGGGCGAUGCCGGGCCCGCUGCCAAGAGCUGGAGAGGAAGAUUCAGCAGCAACUGGGAGAGGAGGCGAGUCCCAGGGGCCACCGCCGAAGACGGGCAGACAGUGCCAGCAGUAGAGGAGCCUCCCGGGGCCCCCACAGCCCCUCACCCAGCCUUAGCUCCCUGCUGCUCCCUGGCAGCCCAGGGCCACGGGCAGCCCAGUCUCACUGCUCACUGUCCCCCUGUGGAGAAGACUACUACGAGGAGGAGGGCCUGGAACUGGCGCCAGAAGCAGAGGGCAGGCCUCCGCGGGCUGUGCUAAUCCGAGGCUUGGAGGUCACCAGUACGGAAGUGGUCGAUCGGACAUGCUCCCCACGGGAACAUGUGCUGCUGGGCCGAGCUGGGGGGCCGGAUGGGCCCUGGGGCGUAGGUACCCCUCUGAUGGAGCGCAAGCGGAGCGUCAGUACCCAGCAGCGCCUGGUGUCUGAGCUGAUUGCCUGUGAGCAGGACUAUGUGGCCAUCUUGGGUGAGCCAGUGCCACCCCCCGGGCCUGAGCUGAACCCCGAACUUCAGGGCACCUGGGCCGCUGCCCUGAGCACUCGGGAGAAGCUGCGGAGCUUCCAUCGGACGCACUUCCUGCGGGAGCUUCAGGGCUGUGCCGCCCACCCCCUGCGCAUAGGGGCCUGCUUCCUGCGGCACGGGGACCAGUUCAGCCUCUACGCCCAGUAUGUGAAACACCGACACAAACUAGAGAACCGUCUGGCUGCGCUCAGCCCCCCGACCAAGGGCUCCGUGGAGAUUGGCCCUCACCUGCCCCGGGCCCUGCAGCAGCCGCAGGAGCAGCUGGCCCGCUACGUGCGGCUCCUGGAAGAGCUCCUGAGGGAAGCUGGGUCAGAACUGAGUUCUGAGCGCCAGGCGCUUGGGGCUGCAGUGCAGCUGCUCCGGGAACAAGAGGCCCGAGGCAGAGACCUGCUCGCCGUGGAAGCGGUGCGUGGCUGCGAGAUAGAUCUGAAGGAGCAGGGACAGCUUCUACACCGGGAUCCCUUCACGGUUGUCUGCGGCAGAAAGAAGUGCCUUCGCCACGUCUUCCUCUUCGAGCAUCUCCUUCUCUUCAGCAAGCUCAAGGGCACUGAAGGGGCCGCAGAGAACUUUGUGUUCAAGCAGGCCUUUAAGACCGCUGACAUGGGGCUGACAGAGAACAUUGGGGACAGUGGGCUCUGCUUUGAGCUGUGGUUUCGGCGGCGCCGGGCACGAGAGGCGUACACUCUGCAGGCAGCCUCUCCAGAGAUCAAACUCAAGUGGACAAGUUCGGUUGCCCAGCUGCUAUGGAGACAGGCAGCCCACAACAAGGAGCUCCGAGUACAGCAGAUGGUCUCCAUGGGGAUUGGGAAUAAACCUUUCCUGGACAUCAAAGCCCUUGGGGAGCGGACAUUGAGUGCCCUGCUCACUGGAAGAGCCGCCCGUACCCGGGCCUCCGUGGCCGUGUCAUCUUUUGAGCAUUCCGGCCCCUCCCUUCCCGGCCUCUCACCGGGAGCCUGCUCCCUGCCUGCCCGCGUCGAGGAGGAGGCCUGGGAUCUGGACGUCAAGCACAUUUCCCUGGCCCCAGACACACUCGACUCUUCUGGCGAUGUGUCCCCAGGACCGAGAAGCAGCCCCAGCCAGCAGGCCCCCCACCCCGGAAGCAGCACUCCCACCUUGGCCAGUGGAGGGAUCUUAGGGCUGUCCCCGCAGAGUCAUGCUCGGACCCCCAGUGACCCCACCACCCCUCUGUGAUCUGGAAAAGGCCCAGAGGGUUGCCACAGCCCCUCCUCAGCACAUCUGGGGCUGGGAUGAUGGUGGGACAUGGCGGAGACGGAAGAGUACUGGACUCCUUCCUCUGCUCCUCAGGCCCGGGCUGAACUGCACCACUGCUAGCCCGGGCUCUCCCAGCCUCGGGCCUUCUCCCGGCUCGACCAAACCACAGUGGUCCUCGGCCUGGCUUGACUACAUAUCCCGGAGGCCAGGAAAUGACCCUCCUUUUAGGACUUUAUCUUGGGGGCUCCUGUAGGGCCCCCGGGGCACAGCUCCAUUAUCACCUGGUCUUCUGCCAGUCAGUGUUCUCCCCUUCUUCCCCCCCCGAGAAAACGCCCUUCAGCCCUGCCAGUGUGAGUUCCUCGCUGGGUUCCAGGAUGGAGGUGUGGGAGGAAAAGGAGCUAUGAGAACUGUUAUAGGGGGGCAGGGGGGAGCUGCAGCUUUAUAUUUGUAAUUACUGUUAUUAUAGUGUUAUUGUUAUAUUAAACGUGUUUACCCACGCUUUGCCACCCAGGA